AUGAAUAAAUUGAAUAAUAAAAAUGGUUUAUUGAUUCUAAGUAUUUUACUGGCAAACGCCAGGGCACAAUUACAACUGAAUAGUGUAGUUGGUGAAAUAAACUUAGCAUUUCAAGUGGAAUUAAACGUUUUAAUUAAUUUUAACUCCAGCAGUGACUUUGACAAUUAUCAAAAAUUAUUAACAUCAAGUGAUAAACCUUUAAUCGUGUACAACAAUAUUAAUGCCAAUGUUACUCCAAUAUAUCAACAGCAAACAAAGAAUUUGUUGGCAGUUGUGUGGCUAAAUGAAAAUGUAGCAAUGAAUGACAUUAUCAACUUUCUGGAUCGCAUUUUAUGGAAAUUACACUGGGUGGAAAUUAUGUUUGUGGCUGAACAGCAGGCAAAUAAAACUACUAUGGAGACAUUAUUUCAGCAAUGUUGGAGCAAGGGCUUUAGCAAUAUUGUGUUGUGGUGUCAGGGUCUGUUAUACAGCUACAAUCCUUUUCCCAAAGUGCAGGUUCUAGAGCUAGCAAAUGUGAAUGCGUUUACGAAUAAAAAUUAUUUUAUUAAUUUUCAAGGCUAUGAAUUAUUGGUGCCAUUUCGGGAACGUGCUCCUCAUUGCUUCAGCUAUCACAAUAAACAAGGAGAUCUAGUGCUGGCCGGAUAUUGGUAUAAAAUAGUCGAUGAAUUCAUCAAGUAUUACAAUGGCACUACGCUCGUUAUACCCAUUACCAUGAAGGAAACACAAAAUCCCAAAGAUAUUCUUAAAUUGGCUGCCACUAAUCUAUUUGAUUUUAUACCCACGGCCAUGUAUUUCAGUGAUUACUAUUCCAACAGUGAUGUAUUUUACUUGUCCAAGGUGGUGGUUAUAUGUUCUAUGCCUGUGGAAAUACCAGAAAGUUGGUAUCUGAUGAUUAUUUUCGAUGACAAUGUCUGGCUGAUGUGUGUUUUAACAUUUCUACUGCUCUCGCUGGUGAUAGCAUUAAUUUAUAGAUUUGUUACAAAUCACUGGGAAUUUUCUAAAUCCUUUAUGCAUGCUUUGACUACCUUGACCAACCUCUCCACCAAUUACUUAAAUAGACGUUCCUUUUUAAUGUAUAUUUUACAUUUUAUGCCCAUAAUAACGGGUUUCAUAUUGACCAGUUUCCAUAAUUGUAAUUUGUCUAGCAUGCUUACGGCUAAAAUUUAUGAAACUCCUUUGGAGUCUUUACAGGAUAUUGCUAAAACUAAUACCAAAAUACUUGACUCUAUCAACGAUAUUGAUCAAACAUUAAGUUUAGAAUCUGUACCGCAAUAUAUUAAGCAGCGCCUGGUUACUGCCGAUUCACUGGAGGAAUUUUUCCAACUACGCACUAAUCUCAAUGUAACAGAAUAUUUUUAUACGGGACCCGAUGAUUUGGCUGAAUUUUAUUUGUUUCAGCAGAAAUAUUUAACACGUCCUUUUGCCACCGCCUUAAAAGAGGCUCUUUAUCAUCGACCAUUUUUCUUUGCCAUGCCCCACCGUUCUCCGUUUUUACGUCUCUUUAAUCACUAUCUGAUGUACGUUCAUGAAAAUGGUCUGUACGAUAAACUUCAGUACGAUGCCAAAUGGGAUGGUGUAGUUGGAGGCGAGCUAAAGUUUUUUAUGGGCUCGUAUUAUGAAGAUAAAUCAUUGAGCCUGGUUUAUUUAAGUAGCGCUUUUAUUUUGCUUAUUUUGGGUUUAAUGUGCUCUUUGAUUAUAUUUGUGUUUGAAUUAUAUUUUGCAAGAAAAAAUCGUAAAUAA